AUGAAGAUUCUAUUGUUGUUCGCAUGCUGUAUCACGGUAUCCUGCUAUACUGGAUCAGAUAGUGAUGAAGAGUGUCGAGAUGAAGAAGCACGAGAGCACAGAAAACAUGAACAUCCACGUGAAUAUGAAUGUCCGGCUGGAUUCACAUUGUUCAACAGAGCUGUUCCAUGGUGUUUGCAGGUAAUCAAUACGACCGCGACGCACAGCCGCACGCGGCUAAAAUGCGGGAAAGCGGAGUGUUGUAGUACCUUAGCCACAUGUUUUUGCAACCGAUGUGAUUAUCGAUCCAUUGUACUCACAAAUCAAUGGUUUUUCAUUGACUGUUGGUGGACGAAGAAAACAUCGAUGUAUGGGAAUUCCGGACUACUCUCAUGAUAGUCCAUGCACAGUUGAGGCAGUGAGUCAAAGAAUUGUUGUUGUCAACGCGGAGUCUCGUUGUUUAAUUUGCAGACAUUCCGAUUCCCAGACAAUCACACAAAUCCGGCUUUCACCAUUGCUAGUUAUCACGAUGGUCAACCAGAUUCACGACAAACAAAAAUCAAGUAACUUGUGUUUUGUAAAGUUUUAACUUCCACACUUUUAAUUCAUUUUCAGCGGAAAAUUCUACAUUGAGGAUUGUCUGACGAUUUACGUCACCAAGGGAACUGCAUGGGAUAAAAGAUAUAAUGAUAUUUUUGGCGAUUUUGCGGUUUCGCCGCUUGACGCUAGUGAAAUGUUUCAAAGUCGCGGGGCACUUUGUGGAGUUGCUGCCACGUGGAAAUUUUUGUGA